CCAACACUGCUGCUCCUCCACAAAGCAUUCACGACAGGAAACGACCAGCGCAUGCUGCUGUGUCUAAAGGUGCCCUGCGGUGUAUCGUGUCUUUCCGCGUCCGUCUGGACGGAGAGCAGAGCGGCAGCUGAAAUCCCCAACGGCUGGAGGCUGCCACACACACUCUCCCGCGCUCCACACACACACACACAGAUCCACACAGACCGGAGUCUCAGCAUAUGGCUGCGCCGGGACUCUGCUGAAGCUCUGACACGGGGAAAAACAUGGACAAACGGAGGAGAAGGGACAGUCCACCCAAAAAUGAGCUCCAUCCUCACUGCUCUCACACACGUGCGCGUGAUGGAUGUUGUUUGAGCGCGUGUUAGGGCUGUCACCGUCACUUAUAUUAGCACACAAGUAAUCUGACUGUUUAGUAGGAUAAACACAAAAUGACACAAUAACGUACGCGAGCUGAAUUCUGAAUUAAUCACAUUAUUACGUACGUUUACAGUCACUGUAGUCUGUACAGAAGAGCUUUUGCUAUAGACAAAAUCAACAUAUGACAACAAAUGUUUAGAUGCACAAUGUGCUGCGGUUUAAUUUCACAGAUUCCAGGCUAAUUUGUAGGCUAAUCACAUUUGGCCAGAACUCUUCUAUUAGUGCGCUAGAACAGCUUUGAAGUCGUUAGCAUUUAAACGACAGUGAAAGGAGCGGCUGCGCUCCCAAAAGGAAAUUCUGCAGCUGGCAAAUAAGUGGCUGAUAUCAAGUGUCCCAGCUGAGUAAUUGCAGUCAUACUGUGGGCUGUUAUAGACAGUGAGUUAGCUUAGCUUAGCCUGUGUUGUUGUCUUUUUGAACGUCUUUGCUGCUUUGAACGUUUUUUCUACUGUACUGAGUUUUUUGCUACAUCAACAGACAGUUGCGCCCAACUUGGAAUUUAUAGUGAUUUGCUCCGUCCACACUGGCAUAUUUUUCCAUACUUCCUCUGUACAUAUAUUUGAGAAGCAAAAUUUCGAUUGGCUCCUUAAAGUUUAAGGUUCUGUAGAACGUACACAUUAAUUUCAUACAAGAUCCUGAGUCAUUUAUACUAGAUACAGAAUAAUUCAUACUAGAUACAGAAUAAUUCAUACUAGAUACAGAAUAAUUCAUACUGGAUACUUAAUAAUUCAUACCAGACACUGAAUAAUUAAUUGUAUACAAUGAAUAUUUCAAACUAGAUACUGAAUAAUUCAUACUAGAUACCAAAUUAUUCAUACUUGAUACUGAAUAAUUAAUUGUAGACACUGAAUAAUUAAUUGUAGACACUGAAUAAUUCAUACCAGACACUGAAUACUUCAAAGCAGACACUGAUAAGGUCUUAAGAUUAAUAACUGAAGUAUUUGCCCUCAAGGUGUUAAUUUGUUAAUUGAUGAUUUUUUAUUUGAUACGUUUAAUCAAGUAAUCGUGACAGCCCUGGUAUGAGUGAGUGAGCGAGCGAGCGAGUGAGUGAUGGAGUGGUCUCUGGAGAGGAUGCGUGAGUGGGUGGCGGGGGGCAUGCAGUCUGUGCGGGAGUGCGAGGGGGGGGCCCUGGGCACUGCCCUCUGCCUGGCACUGCUCUUCAUCUGGUACUGUUACCGUGUGGGCUGUGAGCACAGCGUGCCCUCUCUCCGAGGCGGGUACACGCCCGAAACCCGCGGGGGCGGCGCCCUGCCCGCCAGCGUCCUGACCUCCGACCUCUCCAGCCGACUGGCAUCGUCCAAACUCCGCCAGGUGGGUGGAGUCAGCGGAGGUGGGGGCGGAGCUACUGAAGAAGAACUGAACGGAUUUGCGUACUGCCAGUCUCCGGAGUGUUUCCGCUGCUCGCGGCCGGGCGAGGGUCUGAACCAGCGGCUUUACCACAGCCUGCAGGACUACGCCAAGCGCUACACCUGGGCAGGUAUGGGCCGGGUGCACAAGGGCGUGCGGGACCAGGGGCGCUACCUGCUCUGCAGCCGCCCGUCCAUCCAGAAACCCGAGGUGUUCUUCUUGCCCGACCUGCCCUCGGCGCCGUUCUUCUCCCGUGAGGCGCAGAAGCAUGAUGUGGAGCUGUUGGAGCGCAGUUUUCCUGCUCUGCUGGCCGAGUUCGAGAGCGUGUACCGCUUGCCUUCGUCACGGACCGGAUCCUCGCUCCCGCCGGGUUGGAAGGCCAACAGCACGCCCCGGGGCCACUGGUGGACCUUCUACCUGGUGAACCAGGGCACCCCCAUGGCCCUGAACGCCCGCCGCUGCCCGCGGACAUGGAGGGUUUUGGGUCAGCUCCGCACUUUCAUCGCUAAUAACGUUUUUGGGAACGCCUGCUUCUCCGUCCUGAGCCCCGGAGCCACUAUCUCCGAACACUACGGUCCAACCAACGUCCGCCUACGCUGCCACCUGGGUCUGAAGGUGCCCUCGAACUGUGAGCUGGUUGUCGGUGGGGAGCCGCAGUGCUGGUCUGAGGGAAGCUGUCUGCUGUUCGACGAUUCGUUCCUGCACACGGCCUUUCACGAUGGCUCUCCCGAAGACGGCCCCAGAGUGGUCUUCAUGGUGGAUCUUUGGCAUCCAAACGUGGCGGCGGCUGAGCGGCAGGCGCUGGACUACAUCUUCACUCCGGGACGCUGAGAGAGAAGAAGAUAAAGAGAUGGAAAGAGGUGGAGAGAGAGGGAGGGAUGGGUGAGACGUCUUACAUACCGGUGGAAAAUAAUCAUGAUGAAUGAGAGGAACUGAGACUGAACUGAGUGAAUAAUAAAAGUUGCACAUUUUUCUGUACAUAAGUGUGUCCUGAUGAACCCGGAUGGUUCAUUCUGUCCUCAGAGAUGCUUCUGACCCAAACUAAUGUACAUUAUGGAUGUUUACAGACACGAUCCAGUCUAAAACAGUACAGCAGAGCAGUGUAAACACGACGACCUGAGCGAAAACAGUUCUAAUUGUUCAUUUUCUUUUUUCCUCUUGCAACCUAGCUGUACUCUUUCAGGGUAGAAACAUCACUUAUAAAACGUUUGAAUCACAAAGACGAUGCACUUUUUAAACUCUGGUGGAAAAGCCAGGCUGUGAUUGUACGGAAAGCACACGAGUAUAUAUGUGGUACUUUGCUCUGCACCUUCAGGCCUGCGGCGGGUGAUGUAAACAGUCGUGAAACUGAAGCGGACAGUAGCGACGGCGGCUCUGACGUGUUUACAAAGCGUUUAAGUGGACUUUACGUAUGGACGAGUACAGAGAUGCACUACCAGCUAUUGUGUAUAAAUGAACUUCCAUCUUAUUCCGCACUAGAGGCAGGUCGUUUUUUGUCGCUCCGAAGCCUGUUUCCCUCGUUCCUCUUCACGAUUCUGACUCGUCCCAUCAACCAGAGCAGGAAAAUCAGCCGCUUUGUUUUUCUGUGUAGUAUUAAAGCACCGCAGAACCACAUCUGAGACGUCAUACCAAAUAGAGUACCUUUUUUAGCCUGAUGUCCAAAGAAUAUGUGCACAGAACACUGCAAAGGUCUAAUUUAUGUUUAAAAAACAGGCUUAUUUCUCUUUUAUAUCGGUUAUUUAUCUAUAUAUAAUACAUUUAAUCCUACGAAAAGAACAAGAAAACCAGUCGGUUACAUAAUAAACGGGAAAUUGUCCUUUUUCAAAACCAUUUGUAAUGACACGGCCUAUUUUGUGCACACAGUCAAUAGCAGCUUAAAUGUAAUUAAGUGUAUAUAUUCAGCCCACAGCAGUUUAGCCACGCCCAUUCAGCCCACAGCACUUUAGCCACGCCCAUUCAGCCUAAAGCAGUUUAACCUCGCCCAUU